AAAAGCCCAAAUACGAAUCGACACAUGUUGUGCUGAGCAUCGAUCCCCUUUAUAAUUAUUGUUAAAUUGGUAAAAAAAUAAGAAGCACCGACUAUCGUGCUUAUGCAAGUCCGUGCCAAAAUUUGAAAAUUAUGCUCAUGUACGGCUGAUUAUCCACCAGUCUGCCAUAAUGCAUUUUGUAUCGUAUUUUUUAUGCCAUGCUUUAUGAAAAAUCUUUGCGCUUGCCCGUUCCUACUAUUCCCAUCUUUAAUUUUUAUUUUGAAUAGAUGCCCAUCUUUAAAUUGAAACCAAUAUUAAGAAUUGAAGAAGAAAGUUUAAAUUCAAAAUUUUAAAGAGCAAUAGAUAAUGGAUCCACCCACACAGCAUCAUAGCGGGAAAAAGUACAUAAAUAAAUUGAAGAAAAAAAAAAAAGAGUUGCAAUAAGAAUUUGGUAAUUAAAAGAAGAACAAAAAAAAAGGGUGAAAAAAAAAGAGAGAAAAAAAUGAAAGGGUGUCGGCCUCAGCUUUAAAACGCAAAGUUAGCGUAAGAACAUUUCCGUGCUGUCUCUCACUUUCACUCUUUCUCUCUCUUCUGCCUAACUCACACUCUCUCUCUUUCCUGUUUUAGGAAACGUGUGGGUGACAUCUCCAUUUUCGAUUUUCUUGCUACCAAUAUUCACCAACGAAUAACUCAAAAAAAAAAAAAAAAAAAACCUUUAUUUAUUUUUCUUUUCUUUCUCCAUUGACACUGUUACAAGCUUAACUCAGAUUAUACACAGUAUCAUUUCUUUUACUGUUAGCUCUUUUUUUUUCCUUUGUAUCCAUGGAGUAUUAGCUUGCCGACAGCAAAGCUGUACUGUGUGGAUGAAAUAGCUCUUGAUGAUAUGAUAUUUUCUUUCCUAUGGUUUGAAAUUAAACAUUUGAGAAGAUCACUUAUAUUUGACGACUGAAAUGGAAAUGAGCAACAAUUUCAUGCCGGAGUUGCACGUGGCGCAACAACAGCGGCGAGAUAAGCUUAGAGUACAACAUAUUGACGAACUUCAACAGUUAAGUAGUUUUGAUCAUCUUCAUAAUAGCAAUAGUAACACUACUACUUCUUCAAUGAUGAUGCUUCUUCCGGCACCGGAGAUGUUGAGUUUUGGCUCGGCCUCGAACUCGUUCCCUAACAUCCACCCAACUCGAUUUGUAACCCCUUCGAGUUCGGAUUCGUGUGACCCUCAGCAGCAGCCGAUGCCGCCGCCGAGCUGUGAUGAUAAUUGGGUACAGAGGCAUGUUUCGCCUUCUGUACCGCAGUUUCUGAUUCAAACUCAAAGUCAUCCUCAUGAACUUCAUGAUUAUCAGAGUAAUAAUAAUGUUCAUCAAAGUUGGGGGAUUAAUGGUGGGAAUAAUGAACUCCCUUUACUUCCUUCGAAUUUCGUUAAUCAUGCUAAUGAUGUUGGAUCUCACCCUCACGGCCACGGGCUGUCAUUAUCGUUGUCGUCGAAUCAAUUAUGUGAGUAUCGUCAUCUAGGUGGUGAUCCCCGGGAGUUAAAGCCGUUCGAGUCCGGUAGCAUAUCGUCUGUUGUUAAGCAGUCCAUGAGCGGUGGUACUGCCAAGCUAGAAUGUGGUAAUGCUAAUAAUAAUAAUAAUAAUAACAAUCAGGUUCAGGAUGUAGCCGGAAGCUCGAUUCAGGUGCAUCGAAAUGUCGGUCCACUCGGGCCAUUUACCGGGUAUGCAGCGAUUUUGAAGAGCUCUAAGUUCUUAAAGCCGGCUCAACUGAUGUUGGAUGAGUUCUUUAGUGCUGCUGGUUUAUGGAGAGGGGGUGAAGAUGUGGGAAAUGAUCAGAGUUUAGCAAUUUCGAGGAGUCGUAAUGUGGGUGAUUGUUCUACUGUCGUGGCCUCGAAAAUGGAUGGAUCGAAUGAAUUGAGUUGUAAGAGUUCCUCUUGUGAGUCUUACAGGCCGGAUUGCCAUGAAAGGAAAGCUAAACUUCUUCACAUGCAAGAAGAGGUUUGCAAACGACACAAGCAAUAUCAUCAACAAAUGCAGAUGGUGAUUUCAGCAUUUGAUUCGGUACCAGGGCUCAGCAAUGCGACACCCUACAUUUCACGUUCAAUUAAGACCAUCUCGAGGCAUUUUAGGUGUCUCAAGAAUGCAAUUGCGGACCAACUCAAGCACAUAAAGAGAGCUUUGGGUGAGGACCUAACUUCUCCUACCAGCUUUCUCAGGAGUGACAGUAGUAGUAGUUUAAGGUAUGAUCAGAAUUUUGUAAAGGUCAGAUCUGGUGCUAUUGGUGGAACGGGUCAUGUGGGUCACCAAAGCCAUGUCUGGAGACCACAGAGAGGCCUUCCGGAGCGUGCAGUUUCUAUUCUUAGAGCAUGGCUCUUUGACCAUUUUCUCCACCCGUAUCCAACCGACAAUGACAAACAAAUGCUAGCUACCCAAACUGGCUUGACUCGAAACCAGGUGUCCAAUUGGUUCAUCAAUGCUCGAGUACGGCUGUGGAAGCCUAUGGUGGAAGAAAUACACAUGCUUGAAACCAAAGGUUCGUCACGUUCUGAGUCCAAUUCAAACAACAGCGUAAUGUCAAUCAUUGAGAAAAAUAGACAGGCAACAGCAGCUAAUCAAUCAGGCUGCAAAUCGUCGCCUUUAAAUCCAGUAUGUGAUAAGCAGCUGGAAUGCUUAGGACCAUCAAGCUCCCUUGAAAGAUCAAGAGGUGAGCCAAUUAACACAGAACAGCUUUUUCAAAAUCAAAAGUGCUCAAGGCUUGAAAGUCACCAAGUUCCUACAAGCAUCGAUAGUUCAUUCAUUGGGUUUUUGCCUUACCAAAGGCGGGGGCUUGAACUAGGAGGAAUAGGUGCAGUAUCACUUACUCUAGGUCUGCGGCAUGGUUCAGAGACUACUCAGCAGCAGCUGCAGCAUCAGUUCAUACCGCAAGGGAUGCCUUUCGGAGGUCACGUUAUUCAUGACUUUUCUGGCUAAGCCUUCUCGGAAGAUAGUGCAUGGCGCUCCUUUGAAGUUAACAACUUCAAGGGAGGGGGUGGCUUGGCCUAUAGGCCAUGUUUGUGUAUAAAAGUAGGACCAGAAGAUUUUUCGGAAAAAUUAAUUAAGUUCCGAAAAUGGUAGUUGUCCACCCACCAAGUUUCAGUAAAGCAAUGGGUAGUACAACGACUCGAAGGUAGUUGCACACUUGAGGUAGUCACUUUCCAAGCUUAAUAAUUAGCUUGAGAAGAUAUCCUUAGGUUCAGGAUGAUAAAAGAUGCUCCUGCUUAGUCAAAUUCUGUUGUAAAAACUGCGAAGGUAUAAAAGUGGAAUGUUAAUUGCACACAAAAAUUUCUCUAGUUAUUAAGGUAAAAGUAAAGGAGGUUGUUACUCAAAUUUUGUUGUAGUCAGCAGAUGAGUAAUUUUACCCUUGGAAAUGAAAUGUCUUUUCUGGAGUCAGCAAAUUUUGUUGUAGUCAGCAGAUGAAAAAUUGAAAUCCACUAUAUUUUCUGGUACA